CAAUAGUUAUGCUCCAAUAAGCUUUUGCUUUGCCUUUAUAAUCUUUGUAUGAUAUAUUGAACGUUUCCGCACCUCUUUCUCACUUUCUUCCUUUAUAAAUCCUUCACAUUUCUUCUCCUUAUCUCAUAAGUAUGUAACCAAACCUUCAAAACAACAUUACAUAUCUCUCUCCCUCUAAAACUGAUGGAUCAAAACGUACCAAUAAGCAAGAAGCUAUGGAACAUCGUACGUUUUCUCUUGUACAUGAUCCGCAAAGGCGUCUCAAAACACAAAUUCAUUGCCGACUUCAACGCCACUCUCAAACGCGGCAAGAAUCUCAUGUUCCACAAACGUCGCCGCGUCCCCGCUGACUCCACUUCCUCAAACGCUCUAAACGCUGCUUCAUCCGCCGCAGGAGCUGCGUCUCUACGACUAGAAUACGAGUAUAGUUGUAGCAAUACUCCAAACUACUCUUUCCCUUUUUACAAUAUUUCUUUCAUGAAGAAAAAAAGUCACAACAAUAGUCUCUUCGCGUGUGGUCAAACGCCUCAGACGCUUGACGACGAUGCAGCCGCCGCUAGAGCAGUUCUUGAGCUUAUUAACGGCGUUUGCGACGGAGGAAACGUUACACCGACGGCUUACUCAGCGGCUUUGUCUCCUUACUUUCCGGGGUUUGGACGGACUCCACUGGUAAGGCCGUUAAGAGUAACGGACUCACCGUUUCCGUUGACCCCAGCAAAUGAUGACGUGGCAAAAAGACAAGUAGACCAAGAGGCUGAUGAUUUCAUAAAGAAGUUUUACAAGAACUUGAAUCAGCAGAAAAAGAUGAUAGAGUUCAGCUAAGUAUUUGAUCAUUGUGUUUCUUCAUAUAUUUGUUCACUCUGUUUUUCUUUUUUUUUCUUGUCUCCUUUUGUUGAUUCUAUUGCAAAUAUGUAAUGAUGUUUUUGGAGAUUUUUAUUGAGGAAAAACCAAAAUAGCA